AUGGCCGCUGCCGUGGACAGCCCCCCGAUCCAUCGGGAUGGCGCAUCUCUAGAGGCGAUCUCGGACGCCAUUGACACUGUCAACAUCCUCAAAGACGGGCCGGCAUUCGAUGCCGAGUCUCAAUUCGAUGCCGCAAAGGACAAGUCGGCCUUCCGGCAAUACGAAGACGCCUGUGAAAGGGUCAAGAGUUUCUACGCAGAACAGCAUGCCAAACAAACCGUGGCACACAACCUAGCUGCGCGCGAGCGGUUCCACUCACCGUCCCGCUCAAGACCCGAGAUGGGCAUCUGGGAGGCCAUCGAGAAGCUCAACUCGCUGAUCGACGACAGCGACCCGGACACAGAGCUGAGCCAGAUCCAGCACCUGUUACAAAGCGCCGAGGCCAUCCGUCGCGAUGGCAAGCCGCGCUGGAUGCAGCUUACGGGGCUGAUCCACGACUUGGGCAAGUUGAUGCUGUUCUUUGACGACUGCUGCGAAGGGCAGUGGGAUGUUGUGGGCGACACAUUCCCCGUCGGCUGCCGCUUUGACGACCGCUGCGUCUACCGCGAGACGUUUGCGGCGAACCCGGAUUCGCGCCACCCCGUUUACAGCACAAAGUACGGCAUGUACUCGCGCGGCUGUGGCAUGGACAAGCUCCUCAUGAGCUGGGGUCAUGAUGAGUACCUGUAUCUGGUGCUCAAGGACCAGAGUACCCUGCCCCUCGAGGCGCUCGCCAUGAUCCGCUACCACUCGUUUUACCCGUGGCAUAAGGAGGGUGCGUACACGGAGUUCAUGGCGGAGGGCGAUGAGGUGCUCUUGAACGCGGUGAGAGCGUUCAAUCCAUAUGAUCUGUACAGCAAGUCGGAUGAUGUGCCUGAUGUGGCGAAGCUAAAGCCAUACUAUCUCGAGCUCAUCGAUGAGUUCUUCCCGCAAAAGAAAAUUCGGUGGUGA